AUGAAGAGCACCACUGCCUCCGUGUUGCUUGCCGCCCUCUCGGCGACAACAACCUUCAAUGCCGUGCAAGCUGUCCCCGUCGUCGACGAAACCUACCCUUACAAAGGUCCUGCAAUUCCCGUAGGCGACUGGAUUGAUCCAACUGUCAAUGGUAACGGCAAAGGCUACCCACGUCUGGUUGAGCCUCCGGCUGUUCAGCCCAAGAGCGAAAAUCCCACCAACAAUGUCAAUGUAAUCUCUUUGGCCUACCUUCCGAGGGGCAUAAACAUCCAUUACCAAACUCCAUUUGGACUGGGAGAACCCCCCAAGGUCAAGUGGGGUCUUCAUCCUCAUCACUUGGAUCGCGAAACCGUCGGUUACUCGCACACAUAUGACCGCACUCCUCCAUGCUCCCUCGUUACUGUCAUUACUCAGUGCAGCCAGUUCUUCCACGAAGUCCAACUGCAUGAUCUACUCCCAAGCACCAAGUAUUAUUAUAAGAUCACCGCAGCCAAUGGCACCACCGAAUCCGAUGUGCUUAGCUUCACGACUUCCCGUCCCGCUGGUACACCGGGAGAGUUUAACUUGGUCGUCAUGAACGACAUGGGCUACACCAAUGCCGGUGGUACGUUCCAGCAGCUGCAGAAGGCGACCGACGAAGGAACCGCCUUCGUCUGGCAUGGAGGUGACCUUAGUUACGCCGAUGACUGGUAUGACGGUAUCCUGCCUUGCCAGAGUAGUUGGGAUGUGUGCUCCAAUGGAUCCAACACCGAGCUUCCCGGUCCUAUCCCGGACUGGUACAAGAAACCUCUGCCUGAAGGCGAGACCGCCAACCAAGGAGGUCCCCAGGGAGGCGAUAUGUCAGUUCUCUACGAGAGCAAUUGGGAUUUGUGGCAGCAAUGGCUUUCGAAUGUCACUACCAAAAUUCCUUACAUGACUCUUCCCGGAAACCACGAUGCUGCCUGCGCUGAAUUUGAUGGGCCCGGCAACGUUUUGACAGCCUACUUGAAUGAAGAUAAGCCCAACAGCACUGCUCCUGUCGAAGGCCUAACGUACUAUAGCUGUCCUCCUUCCCAGAGAAACUUUACUGCUUACCAGCACCGUUUUUGGAACCCUGGUAACGAGACUGGCGGUGUUGGAAAUUUCUGGUACUCAUUUGACUACGGUCUGGCACAUUUCAUCGCUCUCGAUGGCGAGACCGAUUACGCUAACAGCCCUGAGUGGCCAUUUGCUCGAGACCUCUCUGGCAACGAGACGUUUCCUCAAGAAAACGAAACCGAAAUUACUGACAGUGGCCCCUUUGGUUAUGUCGAUGGCAGCAUUUACGAUAACGAGGCCUAUGAGCAGUAUCAGUGGCUCAAGGCCGAUUUGGAAAAGGUCGACCGCUCAAAGACUCCAUGGGUCAUUGCAAUGAGCCACAGACCCAUGUAUUCUUCUGCCUAUGCUUCAUACAUGACACAUGUCCAGAAUGCCUGGCAAGAUCUGUUGUUGGAGCACGAGGUUGAUGUCUACAUUGGAGCUCACAUCCACUGGUAUGAGCGUUUGUACCCUCUCACAAAGGAGGGAGUCGUUGACAACAGUUCAAUCGUUGAUUACAACACCUACUAUACAAACCCCGGCAAGACCCUCACCCAUUUCGUCAACGGCAUGGCAGGCAACGUCGAAAGCCACAGCACUCUUACCGAUGGGCAAAAGCAAGAGAACAUAACCGCGUUCCUUGACCAGGUGCACUACGGUCUCGCCAAGUUGACCAUUUACAAUGAAACUGCCCUGGGCUGGCAGUUUGUGCACGGUGAUGAUGGAUCGAUUGGCGACUACGUGUAUUUGUUGAAAAAGGAGGGCGACAGAACACCACCUCCUGACACAUGUUUCUAA